UUUUAGCAUGGCAAACUUAGGUUGAGUGACCUUCAUCAUUGAGAUUGCUAAACAUAUGUUUUAAAUUUCUUCUCUAAAGGCCAGAAGUGUAAUGGGUUUUCUGCGACAUGUUUUAGGGUUCCCCAUACCAGGAUAACGCUGAUGAAAAAGCAUCAUACUGAGAGGGGAGCCGGGAGCUGAGCCGCGCGGAGCCAGCCGAGCCGGAGAGCAGCGCCCGCUGAGCUGCGCUGCACGAGCGCCUGUGCCCUUCCUUGAGCUUGUCCCGGUCCCCCGCCCAGUGGCCGCAGCGCAGCGCUGACGUCACCGCGCUCGCGGGGCUCCCGGCAGCGGGGAGCCGGCCUUUAUUUCUCGUGGCAAAGUCAGUCCCCUCUCCCUCACCCUUCCGCCUGGCCCCGGCUCAUGCGCCCCCCUCACCUGUCCACCUCCGUGUUUUGCUCCUGAGGGCGUUGCAGGGUGGGGGCGCGCAGGGAAUGGCCCGGGGUGCAGCUGGGGGUGUCUGUGGGCUCGGGAAAGGGCGGCGGCGGCGCGCCUCGCAGCCGGGGGUGGGGGGCGGAGGGAGGCGAGGGGGAGGGGACCCCGGGUCCGAGGCUGAACGUGCGGGGUGUGGGAACAUCCCGCGGAACCCAGGGCACGCGGAGGGCGCGGGCAGGGGCUCACCGUGUGGUCCCCCAGCCUCCGCCCGCGCCCGCCCACGACUCCCUCCAAAGCUCCGGGAACCUCGGUGCUCUCCGCGGGCGGCAGCGUUGCAUGGAGAGAAAGGCAGCGCCGAGGCCGCGCGCUCCCGCUCCCCCCCCCUCAGGCUCCCGCGUCCUUCCUCCUCCCCGCCAGGCUCCCGUGUCCUCCCCCCCCCAGCCAGUGUCCUUCCCCCUCCCGCCCCCGCCCGCCAGCCACACCCCCAGGGCGGGGUGCGCGCUCACCGGUGCAGCAAACUUGGAGCAGGCUGCCGGGUCCGUGGGGAGAAACUUGGGUUGUUGGAACUGGAAGAGCAUCACUCUCCGGGUCCUGGAACCUGGGAGCUGCUAGGGCGGCCGGCCUCUCUGGGCAGUGGAAGAAAGCCAGCUGGGCUUGGAGAGUCCUUGGGGCAUGGGGAGAACCUGCCUGCCGCAGUGCCUGGGGCGAGGAUUGCAGCGGGCCUGGAGGCCCACAGUGUCUUGGUCACAGAGCUGCGGCGCUAGGGAUCCGAACCUGGUGGAGUCCCAGGACUGAUCCCUGGAACGGGACCCUUGGGGCCUACCUAACAUUUUAGGGUGGUUAUCUUGGAGAUGGUACAUAGGACCUGGAAUUGUCAUAUCCAUUUCUUUGGCAGGAAUACCAGGUUGAAUCAAUAAUCAAAAUUGCUACACAUAUUUUUGUGAGUGGAACAUCUAUACUUGUGUGAGCUGUUCACUGAGAAUCUGUAACCCACAGGACAGGCGGAGAGGUCAGCUAGGAAACAGGAGAAGACAGAAGACAAGACUGCAGUGAUAGACAAAGAUGGAUAUCAAGCCAAAUGCAACAGCACUGCGUGCUGUCGGGCAACAGCAAAGGAUCCCUGUGCAUGCAAAAAGAAAGUUGCACAAUAUGAAGGAAGCAGUAAAAAUGAAAUGAAGUAGAAGAGACAUGCAGAAAGAAAAAUGCUCUCGGAUAUGUCACAAUCAUCUUGAUUCUUUACCUGGAAAACCUGUAUUUUUUCCUUUGUAAUUAUCUAAUAUACUUUGUGUCAAAGAACAAGGACCUGCGUUCCACUUAAAGAAGAUGAAGAAGUUAACAGAUACCGUUUUCAGGUUUUAUCAUGAAAUUAGAAAUGAAAAUUUUCAGUUUCUGGUAGUCAUGAACAGAGAGCCUCAGGUAAGCCCGAGAGUGCAGGCAGACAGUCAGGAUGCUCCUGCGCAGGCUCCUCAGGUGCAGCUGUGCUGGUGGGAAAAAUCAUGCUGUUUAGCCUAACGAGGCAAAACAGAAUAAAGGCCAAGGUAAUUCAGUGGAGAGGGUCUUAAAUGCACAGCUGUAUCAGCUGCUGCCUUCUUCCCACCUGGUCUUCAUUUUUUCUCUGUGUAAUCUGUUUGCUUCCCUACUGGGCCUGCUAACAUUAUCUGAUUCCAGGCCAAACUGACAUUAAUCAUUUGUUAUGAGGUCCUCCAAAAUUAAUAAAAUUUGAGUUUGUCAUCUUGGUGUUCCCUGAACUAAAGUUAACUACGUGUGUCAAAUCCUUUUUUUUUUUUUAAAUUUAUUUAAGAGGAAAAAGAGAAAAACACAAAACAAAACAAAGCUGUGUAAGGGUACACAUAAUAUAGAACUACAAAAAAAAAAAAAAAACCAAAAACGAAAACAGUAGGUUGGUGUGUCAAAUCCUAAAGUCCACUUGUUACACCAGCAUCAGGCUAAGAUGUAAACUCCAUUUGAAGUACCGAACAGCUGCACUCCUCUUGAAACUCUACAUGCACAGAGAGAUGUUUGUUUGUAAGUGGAAACAAUAGACAGAUGGCUUGUUGGUGUUUUAAAAGCCAAAAUCUGGAAUACUUUUCUUUUGACUUCACAUAUGUAGAAAAUUAGGGUGUAAAAUGUAGACGAGAAUAAAAUAAUACCAAGAUGAGUAAGUCCAUUAAAAAAAUGUAGAUGAGCAAAUGACUUUAGCAUUAUUAAUGCUGACUGGGAAUUUGACUGGCCAAAUGAGCAUGUUUAUACUUGGGACCAAUUAAAAGGCUUACCAUUUUAAUCACUGGCAGAGCUGGACAUUCAGUGUUUUCCUGGAUGACAAGGGUUUUCUUGUUUUUUCAGUUUGGCUUUGUUUUGGUCUAGUGAACUGCACCAGAGUGUCCUCAGUGUAGAGAAGAUAACAAUACACUACCACAGUGUUAGUAACAAUAUCUUGUUACUAACAUUUAGUAACAGUAUCUCAGAGUCUCUCUACAGCUUGAGGGGAAAACAUUGCUGCCAUUCCUACCCUGAGGAAAAUCUACAGUAACAGAAUGUUUCCGGAAGUAGAAACAUCCUACCAGUCGGGAACCUCCACGUGGACCCGACCUCUCAGCUUUCCCUGACUCCCCACCAGGGCAGCUGCUGUGUAGGAUCCACUGUAAUGUACCAACGGCACAGGCAGUGCAGUGCGUUGGGGCUGGACUCAUGGAGAAUGUCCUGGAGCUUCCCAAGAAGACCCGGCCAACAUAGAGGCAAAAA